CGGACGGCGGCGGAACGGGACGCUUUGGACAUGCUCAUUCUAGGGCGCCUGGUCGCUUGUAUCCAGCUCGUCUGUAUCCUCAGAGUAGAUUUGGUGUACGGAUACUAUAGACAACAACGGAAAUUGGUUGAAGAGAUCGACUGGUCAUACACAGGAACUUUGAACCAAAAGAAUUGGGGAAAGAAAUACUCAUCCUGCAAUGGUGCCAGACAAUCUCCUAUUAAUAUAGACGAAGAUCUUACCCAAGUAAAUGUGAAUUUGAAGAAACUUAAAUUCCAUGGGUGGGAAAAAGAAACUUCGGAAGAUACAUUCAUUCACAAUACUGGCAAAACAGUGGAAGUUAACCUGACAAAUGAUUACUAUGUAAGUGGAGGCAGCUUAGACACAAUAUUUAAAGCAAGUAAGAUCACCUUUCACUGGGGAAAAUGCAACAUAUCAUCAGAUGGAUCAGAACAUAGUUUGGAAGGACGGAAAUUUCCUCUUGAGAUGCAAAUCUACUGCUAUGAUGCAGAUCAGUUUACAAAUUUUGAAGAGGCAAUCAAAGGAAAUGGAAAGUUAAGAGCUUUAUCAGUUUUGUUUGAGAUUGGGCCAGAAGACAAUCCGGAUUAUAAUUCAGUAAUUAAUGGAGUAGAUAGUGUUAGUCGUUUUGGAAAGCAGGCUGCCUUAGAGCCAUUUGUUUUGCUGAACCUUCUACCAAAUGCAACAGACAAGUAUUACACAUAUAAUGGAUCUUUAUCAGCUCCUCCCUGCUCUGAAACAGUUGAAUGGAUUGUAUUUAAAGAUACCAUUACUAUUUCUGAAGACCAGCUAUCUGUAUUCUGUGAAGUCCUUACAAUGCAGCAGUCUGGCUAUGUUAUGCUGAUGGACUAUCUGCAAAACAACUUCAGAGAACAGCAAUAUGAGUUCUUUGGGCAAGUGUUUUCCUCUUACACUGGACAAGAAGAAAUUCAUGAAGCAGUUUGCAGUUCAGAACCUGAAAAUGUCCAGUCUGAUCCAAAGAAUUAUACUAGCCUUCUUGUUACAUGGGAAAGACCUCGGGUUGUGUACGAUACCACGAUUGAGAGAUUUGCUGUUUUUUAUCAGCAAUUGGAUGGAGAAGACCAGACCAAGCAUGAGUUUCUGACAGAUGGGUAUCAGGACUUGGGGGCUAUUCUAAAUAAUCUGCUGCCCAAUACAAGUUAUGUUCUUCAAAUAGUUGCUGUUUGUUCUAAUGGUCUAUAUGGAAAGCACAGCGACCAGGUCAUUGUUGAUAUGCCUUUAGAAGACCCAGAAGCUGGCCUCAUUCCUGAACUGAAGGAAACUGAAGAAUAUGAGGAUGAAGUUGAUGAAAAAGAAACAGAGGUGGAUGAAGAAACUGCAGUAAUUCCCAGCACUGAUAGUGCAAUAAACCAAGUAAGGAAGAAAGAUUUCCAGGUGACUACAUCCAGCUACAGUCAAGAGAAAAUGAGCACAAAAUCUAACGAUGCUAAAACAAAUAGAUACUUAACAAAAGAAUUGCAUGGUAAAGAUGAUGUUUUCAAGGCAGUUUAUUAUCCAACUUCUCCACCUGUUAGUGAAAUUUCUGAAGAAGAAGAAGAUCCUUUUCAGGAAUCCCAAACAAUUACAGGAACCCCUCCUCAAAGCACCGACUCCACCAAAGGUAUUGAAGAAGAAUACAUAUACCUUUCUUCAGGCACGGAGCCAACAAGAAUAACCACUACUGGCCAUAGCGAGCAAGAUUUCUUACUAUCUACUUUUAUACCUGAUAAAGAAUCUGACGACUUUUGGAGUUCCUUUCUUACCACCUCUUCAUCACAGUUGGUUACAGAGGAGACCUCCCAAGAAGACAUUCUUCCUUCAGGAAGCCCAGAUAUAAGCAUGCAUGAUGUUCUUUCACAAGGCUCUGUUAAAUACGUUUCAGAAGGUAUAGCACCCUCAAGCUCCGACAAGCCUCCAAAGUACACGUAUUCCACUGAUGGAAAUUUAUGGUUUCACAAUACUACAGACACAACAGCUCAAUCUCCUGAUACAUCGGAUAGUAGGCAAUUGUCUCAGACCAGCUAUACCGAUGCCUACGUUGAGGGAUUAAAGCCAGCAACAAUACCCUAUUCCAGCAGCCCAGUGGUUUCACAAGACACUUCAGAUGCGGAUUUAGAAUUGCCACAUUACUCUACCUUUGCUUUCUCCUCUACUGAGUUAUCACCUCAUUCUCUCUCUUCAAGCUCUGGAGAAUAUGAUUCUGCUUCUGCUGCCAGUGAGGUACUCUCUCAGACAACUCAACCAGUCUAUAAUGGUGAGAUACCUCUUCAACCUUCCUCCAGUAGUGAAGUGUUUCCUCUAGUCACCCCUUUAUUGUUUGACUCUCAGAUGCUCGACACUACCCCUGCUACAUCAGGUAGUGAUGUGACCUUGCAUGCUACACCUGUAUUUCCCAGUGUUGAUGUGUCAUUUGAACCCACCUUGUCUUCCUAUGAUGAUGUACCUUUGCUUACAUUUUCCUCUGCUUCCUCCGGUAGUAAAAUGUUUCACCGUCUGUAUACGAUUUCUCAAAUGUUUCCACAAAGUGCUACUCCGGCUGUUACAAGUGAUAAGGUGUCCCUGCAUGCUUCUUUGACAUUGGCAGAGGGUGAUACAUUAAUACAACCAAGCCUUGCUCAAUAUGCUGAUGUGGUGACACAUCAGACUACUCAUGCUGCUUCGGAGACAUUGAUAUUUGAUCAUAAUAGAACUCAAAUAUUUUCUCAAGUUGAACCAUCCAGCAGUGAUUUAAGUAUGCAUGCAUUGUCUACAAUGUCUGAACUUCCUUAUGCUUUAUCUAGUAAUGUGGGAUCCCUCCAAAGCUUUACUGUUUCUUAUGACUCUGCAGAAAUUGUGCAUGAUUCUAUUGACGUAUUUCGUCAAGAUCCUUUAUUUAGCAGCCAUAGUGAUGUACUGCUGCAUAAACCUUCUUCUGUAAUAUCACAAGCUGAUACUUUGCUGCAGCCUACGCACUCUCUAUCUAGUGAUACGGAUUGGUCUGAAGCAUACUCUGGUAGUGAGUCCCUUUUGCCUGACACAGAUACUUUGACCGUACUUAACGUUUCUUCAUCCAAUUUUGUAGAUGAAAUUACAUAUGAAUCAUCUGGCUUUAGUGAUGGUAAUAAGAAUCUCCAUAAAAGUGAUAUUAUAUAUGGCAAUGAAAGAGAACUGCAGAUUUCCUCCUCUUUAAGUGAAAUGGCUUCCAGUGCUGAAAGUAAAGUGACACCUGAACUUUCUACAUAUGUUUCUAAUAACGAUACAAUUAAGCAGAAUAUGUCUCUGCAAGAAAGCCCACUUCCUGUUUCUAGCACAAAGGGAAUCCUUCCAGUCUCUCUUGCUUUCCCCACUACUAAGAUAUUUGAUCCUGAUGUUAGUAAACUUACAGAAAAUCACCUUUCCGUUCAGCCUUUGCAUGUUAUAUCUCCAGCCUUUGAUGACACCUUGCUUAAACCUGUGCUUAGUGCAAUCUCAGAUCAAGCUCUCUCUGCCCCUGCUUAUAGUGAAAUGUUACCCGCAACUCAGACGUACCUUUAUGAGACCUCAGCUACAUUAAGUAAUGAAGCAUUACUUCAAUCCUCCUUUCAAUCUUCUGGUGAUGACACUCUAAACACAGCUGCAGUUGUACCUAGUGAUCCAGUGUGGGUUGAAAGCUCCAGGGUUUAUAAAGAUAGUUCUACAUUUGAUCAAAUUUUACAUCAAAUGACACCAGGUCCUGCUGCAAAAGAAACAAUUCUGCAUUCUACAUCUGCACCUACUGUUGCUGACAUGUUGUCAAACACUUUUAGUAAGCCCACAGCAUCACUUCAAGGUGUAUUUGUGUCUUAUGCAAGUGAGGAAUAUGUUUCAUCCAGUUUGUUUAACAGUGAAGAUGCUCAACAGGCUAUGCCUUCCUUGCACGGUAGUGAUGUUUCCUUCCAGCUGACCAGUUUAGAAAAUACAAAUGCCAUUCUUCCCCAGGCAGCAAGUGCUGUAACAACUCCUUUCCUAACAGCUGAUAAUGUAGCUGCUGCUCCUAACAGCCAUACCUCCUCAAGCAUUUUCGAAAGAAGUGAGGCUACAACUUUCUCUUCGAUUUCUGCAGUUGGUUUUGAUCCUGCUCAUAUGUCUACAGUUGUUUCUGAUUCUGAUGUGUCCAUUCAUCACACACUUCCUUUACCAAAUGCACAUGUUUCUGUUAUGGCUGUUUCUCCUAAAAGCGAGAUCCCUAUAACUCUGAGUAGGUUGCUGGUUCCUUCCAGAGAAUCUUCUGGGUUGUCUCCCAGUAUCACGUCCAGUACUGAUUUGUGGCCUUCUGUAGUUGAGGAUGACUACGAUGAGUAUGAUGAUGGCUUCCCUAUAAGUAAUUGUAUUGCAUGCACUUCCCAUAGAGACACUCAGGACACAGUAGCAGAGGAACAAAACACAAAUGUAAACCAUAACAAGGAUCAGAACAACCUAAUUAUAAGUUCACAUUCUGAAAAAAAUAAAGAAGAAGAGAAAAUUUCAACUGCUGCAUCAGACAGUCAGAUAAACCAUGGAAUGGACAGACAUAAUUACACAUCAGUACCAACUUUGACAGCACGUGUGAUACCUAAGAAGAGCAACGACACUCAAACUCUUAGCGUCCCAUUGCAAAACACAUCAGAGCCUAAAUCUUGGGCUGUUUUCACAAGUGAUGAAGAAAGUGGUUCUGGCCAAGGUACUUCAGAUAGCCUUAAUGAUAAUGAGACUUCAACAGAUUUCAGUUUUCCUGACCUUAAUGAGAGAGACUCUGAAGGGGCGGUUGAAGCAGGUAACUCAGAAUUAACUCCUGGAUCGUCACAGUCAUCAACCUCAUCUAUAACUAGCGAUCACUCAUCAGUAUUCAACAUCUCUGAGGCAGAGGCAAGUAAUAGUAGCCAUGAGUCUCGUAUUGGUCUAGCUGAGAGUCUGGAAUCAGAGAAGAAGACUGUUGUACCACUUGUGGUUGUGUCAGCCCUGACUUUUAUCUGUCUAGUGAUUCUUGUGGGUAUUCUCAUAUACUGGAGGAAAUGUUUCCAGACAGCUCAUUUUUAUUUAGAAGACAAUACAUCACCUCGAGUAAUUUCCAUUCCUCCAGCUCCAGUCUUCCCAGUCUCAGAUGAUGUUGGAGCAAUUCCAAUAAAGCAUUUCCCAAAACACGUUGCAGAUUUACAUGCAAGUAAUGGUUUUUCUGAAGAAUUUGAGACACUGAAAGAGUUUUAUCAGGAAAUCCAGAGCUGUACUGUAGAUCUAGGUAUUACAUCAGACAGCUCUAAUCACCCAGACAACAAGAAUAAGAAUCGAUAUAUAAAUAUUGUUGCUUAUGAUCAUACUAGGGUUAAAUUAGCACAACUUUCAGAAAAGGAUGGAAAACUGACUGAUUACAUUAAUGCCAACUACGUUGAUGGCUACAACAAGCCAAAAGCCUACAUUGCAGCUCAAGGGCCACUAAAAUCGACAGCAGAAGAUUUCUGGAGGAUGAUAUGGGAACAUAACGUAGAAGUUAUUGUGAUGAUAACUAAUCUUGUUGAGAAAGGAAGGAGAAAAUGUGACCAGUAUUGGCCUGUCGAAGGUAGUGAAGAAUAUGGGAACUUCUUGGUUACUCAGAAGAGUGUUCAUGUACUUGCCUAUUACACAGUGAGGCAUUUUGCUAUUAGAAACACCAAAGUCAAAAAGGGUUCCCAGAAAGGAAGGUCUAGUGGACGUGUAGUAACUCAGUACCAUUAUACCCAGUGGCCUGAUAUGGGCGUUCCAGAAUACACGCUCCCUGUGCUCACCUUUGUGCGGAAGGCAUCGCAUGCCAAACGUCACGCUGUUGGGCCUGUUGUGGUUCAUUGCAGUACCUCACCUUUGAUGGAACAUUUGGAAAGAGAACCUCCUCAUGAAUUCUGUCCUUCUGGAGCUGACUCUCAGGAAGCCAACAGUGCUGGUGUUGGAAGGACAGGUACAUACAUAGUAUUAGACAGCAUGCUGCAACAAAUUCAGAAUGAAGGGACAGUCAAUAUAUUUGGAUUCCUAAAACACAUACGUACCCAAAGGAACUACUUGGUGCAAACUGAGGAGCAAUACAUCUUCAUUCAUGAUGCACUGGUUGAAGCGAUACUGAGUAAAGAAACAGAAGUCCUUGAGACUCACAUUCACGCCUAUGUUAAUUCUCUCUUAAUACCUGGACCAACAGGAAAGACCAGGCUGGAGAAACAAUUCAAGUUACUGAGCCAAUCUAACAUUCAGCAGUGUGAUUACUCUACUGCACUCAAGCAGUGUAACAGAGAAAAGAACAGAACUUCCUCCAUCAUUCCUGUUGAAAGGUCUCGAGUUGGUAUCUCAUCACUGUCUGGUGAAGGGACAGACUACAUCAAUGCUUCCUAUAUCAUGGGUUAUUAUCAGAGUAAUGAAUUCAUUAUUACCCAACAUCCCUUACUACACACUAUCAAGGAUUUCUGGAGAAUGAUAUGGGACCAUAAUGCCCAAUUGAUAGUCAUGCUUCCUGACAGCCAGAAUAUGGCUGAAGAUGAAUUUGUUUACUGGCCAAACAAAGAUGAGCCAAUAAAUUGUGAGAGUUUUAAAGUUACUAUGAUUGCUGAAGAACAGAAGUGUCUGUCUAAUGAGGAAAAGCUCAUUAUCCAAGACUUUAUUUUAGAAGCUACACAGGAUGACUAUGUACUCGAAGUGAGACAUUUUCAGUGUCCAAAAUGGCCCAAUCCUGAUAGUCCUAUUAGCAAAACUUUUGAACUGAUCAGCAUCAUCAAAGAGGAAACUUCCAACCGGGAUGGACCCAUGAUUGUACAUGAUGAGCAUGGAGGGGUGACAGCAGGUACUUUCUGUGCACUUACAACACUCAUGCAUCAGUUAGAAAAUGAAAACUCCGUGGAUGUUUAUCAGGUAGCUAAGAUGAUAAAUUUGAUGAGGCCUGGAGUCUUCACAGAUAUCGAACAGUACCAGUUUCUGUACAAAGCUAUUCUCAGCCUUGUUAGCACAAGGCAAGAAGAAAAUCCCUCAGCGUCUAUGGACAGUAAUGGCUCAGCUUUACCUGACGGAAACGCAGCUGAAAGUUUGGAAUCCUUAGUUUGAUCAGCAAAAGAAAUUAAACACACACAAACCUACAGCACAUCGGUCAUACCUGGCGUUUACCAUUAUUAUUUUCAGUUUUAUACUUUGUGCGGGGUGGGGAAUCUUCUCAGUUAUUAUAUAUAUAUAUAUACACACAAACUCUCAGUUCCCAUCCUUCAUUCAAACAGUUAUUUCUGUUGCAUAUGACUUUACUGCAGAACUUACAUCAUUAACAAUGUGUGCCUUUUCUUGAAAGAUUUCUUGUAAUACGUUGUUACGUCUGGACUAAUUUGAUUGACUUUUACAGUGUUUCUAAGAAUUGAAUUGUGGUAUGUUUUCUCAGUAUUAGUUUUUGAUUUAUCUGGAUUUACUUUUAACUUAAAACUACCAUAUUUAUAGAUGUUAGGGAAUUCUCAACUACAGAAAAACAUGUCAUGGUUUUAGAACUCAGUUUAUUUGCUGUAUUUAUAAUGACCUUACAUUUGCUAGAAGUAUAACUUUUAAUAUAGUAGAAUGUAAAUAAAAUACCGUUCUCCAUAACAUUCAACAUUUUAAGAUUUCAAUUAGAUAUUCAACAUAGUAAUCUGAUACUUACUGUAAAUACUGCUACUUCUAUAGUGAUUCCAUGGACCAAAUUUAUAUUUAUAAUUGUAGAUUUUUAUAUUUUACUACAGAGUCAGUUUUCUAGUUCUGUGUAAUUGCCUUGUUAAAAUGAUGUAGUCGAGUUUGUUUUUAUUUUAACAAAGUCUUCUGAUAUAUAAUUGUGCAUCUUAAGCAAUUAACCUUCAUAUAGCUGCAUGUAAUUU